AAGCGAGGCGCUGGCGCUUGCCCUGGACAAUUUGCUGGCCCCAUGGGGUGGACUUCAGUGGAGCGCUGAGCUCAUGCCCCUCACCUGAGUCUAGCUUCCCUGUUCAUACACUGAUACAGCUCGUAGAUUGAGAACUCAACAGCAAACUUGACAGCACGUCCUGGUUUCACCGUUGGUUAUCAAUCUGCAUGGCCACAAGCGUGGGCCACAAGAAUGGCCCGCCCACUGGCUCUUGCCAGCAGCAUCCUCGUAGGAGCUGUGGCGAUCACAGCAUGCCUUGUUUACAGCAUGCUGGGCAGCUGUACGCUGGAGAUUGCGCCAGCUGGCGCUUCUGGGCCCGUCCCCAUCCUUUUGGUGACGGCCCACCCUGACGAUGAGGCCAUGUUCUUUGCCCCCUCGCUGCUAGCGGUGGCGCGCGCAAACUGCUGCCGGGUAUUCAUUCUGUGCCUCUCCAAUGGGAACGCGGAUGGCCUGGGGCCCUUGCGAGCGGUAGAGCUCCUGGCAGCUGCCCCCCUGCUCGGAGUGCAACCCACCGAUGUGAGUGUGGUGGACGACCCAGGCCUGCAGGACGGCAAGAAGCAGCGCUGGGACCAGGCCACCGCACGCCAGCUCAUCAGGACAGCCAUCCAGGAACAUGGCGUUCAGAUGGUGCUCACGUUUGAUGGGGAUGGAGUUUCAGGGCACCCAAACCACAAGGCAGUACAUGAAGCAGUCAGGGCAGUGGCGCAGGAGGCUCCUGCCGCGACGCCAGUGCGUUACUGGGAGUUGUUGAGCAUGGGCGUCGUGCGCAAGUUUUUGGGCCCACUGGACGUGGCCUUCUCGAUCUUUGAAUGCCAAACGCUGCACCGGAUGGGCGGGGGCUGCUGCAUCGAGGGGGCCGCUGCAGCAAGUGCAGCCAGCAUGAGGCAACAUGCCUCACAGAACGUCUGGUUCCGGCGCUGGUUUGUGCUUCUGUCGCGAUACUCUUACAUCAAUUCUUGGCGACCAAUCAUGAUAGAGAGCGAGUCCCUAGAUAGUGAGAGCUAGGGCCAGAACGGGUCGCAAUAAACACCAUUACAAUUGCCGUACAUUCUUUAUCGCAGCACUCCAGGUAUCACUCAAAAUCAGGCAGCCAGGCUCCGUCGCCGCGCGAGCGCCGCGGUCUGGCGGCAUUUUCUCUUUGUUGAUUGACCUAGCUCGAACCUGUUGGUAAGCCUAGCGACUGUCGAUCGUUGCAAUGUGCUCAAUUAAUAUAGAGGUCCAGAUGCCAGAGC